GCCCUGGCAACAGCGAGGUUGCGCUGAAAGGCUGCUCCACGAACCAAUAGAAGCUGGGAGGGGGUGGGGCCAGCUGGGUCCGGCGCGGCUGCAGCUGGGCUUGCAGGUGUCCGGCCUUGCUGGCUCGGCAAGCCUGAUAAGCAUGAAGCUCUUGUGUUUGGUGGCCGUGGUCGGGUGUUUGCUGGUGUCCCCAGCUCAAGCUAACAAGAGUUCUGAAGAUAUCCGGUGCAAGUGCAUCUGUCCACCUUACAGAAACAUCAGUGGGCACAUUUACAACCAGAAUGUCACUCAGAAGGACUGCAACUGCCUGCACGUGGUGGAACCCAUGCCGGUGCCAGGCCAUGAUGUGGAGGCCUACUGCCUGCUGUGCGAGUGCAGGUACGAGGAGCGCAGCACCACCACCAUCAAGGUCAUCAUUGUCAUCUACCUGUCCGUGGUGGGGGCUCUCCUGCUCUACAUGACCUUCCUGAUGCUGGUGGACCCUCUCAUUCGAAAGCCGGAUGCUUACACCGAACAACUGCACAAUGAGGAGGACAGUGAGGAUGCACGGUCCAUGGCAGCAGCUGCUGCGUCCCUUGGGGGACCCCGAGCCAACACCGUCCUGGAGCGUGUGGAGGGCGCACAGCAGCGGUGGAAGCUGCAGGUGCAGGAGCAACGGAAGACAGUCUUCGACCGGCACAAGAUGCUCAGCUAGACCGCUAGCACAGUGGGGCCAGUGAACCCAGGCCAUGGCUGCCAGCUUCUGGAGCUGGACAGAGCCAGGGACCACUCUUCCUCUUCCCUCAAUGGGGUCAUCCCCUUAAAAGCACGUGACAUUUUUCCUGCUUCUCCCUCUCUUUAGGAUUGUUGCACUCAGCUGUUUUAAUUAAGGAGUUUGAUGGGGUUUCGGGGAGAGGAGGGAGGCAGGCCAGAAGGGAAUGGAGGCAUUCGAGGUGGUGGCAGGGUUGGAGGUGGAGGGUCCCUCCUGCUCCCCCUUUGCCACCCCUUCCAGCUCCACAUCUUGGGGACCUUUUUACCUGUUGGACGGAGCUGGGUCAUCAAGAACUCAGUGUCCAGGAGGAAAGCGUGACCCAGCUUUCAACUUGUUCCUGGCUGCUGUGGCUCUCAUUACCACCCUCCAGCCCCUGCCUGGCCUGGCUCCAGCUCUCAGGAACAGUGCUGGUCCUUGGAGCCCACAGUGGACCAUAGGACACCUGGAAGCCCGGUCCUUCUCCCUGUCUCCUUAUCCCCCAGUGCGUGGCAGUACCCUGCGUCCCUGCGUUCUCUGCAGCCUGCCUCCUCACUCCCUCCUCAGGGGACCAGCCAGCCCUCGCCUCUCAGUGUCUGCAGCUGCUGAGCCAGAAUGUUGGUUGGACCACACUGAGCAGUGGACUUAAACAAUUGGCUCUCCACUUGAUCCUGAGUUUCUUUGUACCGUGCAUGGGGAGAAAUGUCUGGCCUUCUGUUGUCUAUAAAUCAAGGAAGCCAUCAUUAAAUUGCUUUAUUUCUCUCACUUUCUGUGUUCUAAGAGAUUUGAGGAAUGAAAAUUUCACAAAUAACCUGCUAAAUGUAGUGUCCUGGAGAGGGGGACAGAGAACAUUGUUCUUGGUAGGUCCUGGCAGAGAGGCAAAGCCAUGGAAAGUCCAGGUGGUUGUGACCUAGCCACAGUGGGAUCCAGGCAGAACCUGGGGCUUACCAGAAGCCCCUGCCACUUGCUAAGGAGAGAGACUGCGGUGCUGCUGUGCAGAAGCUCCUUUGCUGCAAGGAGCCAGAGUGAACAGUCCUGAGAUUUGGUUUGCUUCCUAUUUGUGGGAGGGAGUGUUCUGAAACUGCACAGAGCUUGAUGGCAUCUUUAUAUCCCUACCUACAGACAGUAAAUGGUGCUCACUGCAGUCCCUAAACAAAGGCCAGGAGGUGUUAGUGGGGAAACAGCCAAGAAAACAGCCCUAGAAGGAAGGGUCAGCAGCCUUCAUAGUGGCCACUCAGAGGAGCCCAGCACCGGGUCAGGUCAUCCCAGGAUGUGCGGGAUUGUGGGCAGGUGCUCAGCACCUCGGCAGAUAGGAUGUGUCUGUAGGGACCAGUGAUUGGCUUGAGAUUGCUGUCUUUUGGGGCUGUCCAGAUGAAUGUACUGAAAA